GCGCGCGAUGGCAACAAUCGGUGCACGAUCAAAGAGAGAGAAAGGGUUACAAAAUCAUCCGCGUUUGUCCUCAUUCGCCUCCAAUUAAGGCGUCCGGUUAUAAAGGACCGCUUUCUUCACAUCGAUGAUUUUCAGAAACGAUUCUUUUCGGUUUUUGUAAACAGCUCCGCACGGAGCUGCUACAUGUUGGGCGCGCGAAACAAUUCCCUCGCUUCCCUCUCUAGCAGGUAGAAUAUGAGGAAUUUAAGACUCGCGUACACCGUCUUCUUCGCGGUUCUGACAGCAUUCUGUUGCAAAGCAGUUCCAAUUGCUCGAAAUUCAAAUUCUUUUAAUCCAGAAUUGAAGCGUCUUGAAAGCUUUACUCGUAGAUAUGCUAUACCUGAAAAUGACCACACAUUAAGUGCAAAGCUUCCUUUGACAUUUGGCUACCGUUUCUCUGACGAUUAUGGAACUAUGCAAUCCAGACAAGAAAAGAUGGACCCAGACGGUUCCAAAACUGGUUUUUACAGUUUCGUCGAUGCUAGUGGCCUUUUCCGAAGGGUGGAAUAUGUCGCUGAUGGGAAAGGAUUUCGAGCCACAGUCACGACCAAUGAACCAGGAACCGUGUCAUCCGAACCAGCUCAUGUACGUGUGCUCUCCGAAAACGGCCGAAAUGCUUUCCGACAUGCCAUCCAGAAUUCUCCCCAGCUGGAAUACAGCAGCAAGAUCUUUUCGCGAUACAACUCGAGUUCAGAUUUAAUUCAUGAUAAAGAUAGGUUCAUAAACCCUCAGGAAAACACUGAUGUUUUCAAGGAAAACUCAUUUUUUGAUAAAAGUGCCGUUUUUGGACCUAAUUUUGAAGAGUUAUCCUCUCCGAAGGAUUCCUCAUUUGUUAACACUUACAAAGGCAGUGCUUUACCGCUGAGAUCUAUUCUCCCGUUAUCUCCAAAAUACCCAGAGAUACCUGACCCUAAAUUUCAGGAAUUUAAUUUGGAAAAAUAUUUUAACAAGCCUGACAGUAAUUCUGAUUAUGUUUUCGGUGACAAACUAUCUAAAAAAGAUUUUGAAAAAGAUUAUACCGCUCCUCUUUACGGUAGCAAACUCUCUACAAACAGUCAGAGCUCAACAGGUAAGAGAUAUCCUCGAAGACAUCGUGAUUCAAGAGCGCGUGCCAAAAGAAGACAUGUGCUUAAAAUUCAUAUUCCUGAAGGAUAUGAGGACCAUCCUGAUCUUCCAUUAUAUAGGGACAAAUAAUUCCAGAAUAAUAUUAGGAAUACGAAAGUAAUUUUUCAGUUAUGAGUUUACAAAGAUGAGUUGAGAACAAUUAGGAAGCCAUACUCAGAUUCAGAGUCACUCAUUUGGCUUCGUGUGGAAGCGUCUUGUGAAUGGAUAUUCUUCUCGAAGUCGGGAGCUGCUGAUGUUUUGAACAAAAUCCUCAAAAUGUGUUGUUAAUGAGUUUGAACAUGAUACGAACGAUUGUGCAGAAAGGAAUUCGAGAUUCGUAAAUAUGCCAUUCGGAAAAAUGUUAAGAAUUUGUGGUACAAAAUUGCGAAGUCUGAGAACUGAUGCUUCGUUGCUGAAGUAAAUACAAUGAUUUUUCAGCAUUAGAAGGGCACUCAAGCCGCGAUGAACUGAUUUUCAGUCUGUACCGAGUUUUUCAGUUCGAAGAAAAUGCAGAGCUUUCGAAAGUUUUUGAUAAAUUACAUUUAAAAACUGUUUUUUUAAAUAAAUUCUGCAAAAUUCCUCCUUAUCCAAUGAAUAUUCAAUUAAAAAUAAGUAAUAAAGCUUGUUGAUAUCA